AUGGACGAAAAUCUUGAAUCAUUAGUCAAAACCUCAGAAAUGGCAGAUGUCAAGGAUCUCCUUCUUUCUCCUGUUGCUGAAACGGUGUCUCCUGCUACUCGAGCGGCGGUUCCCUCUGUUGCUGAUUCUGUCGAUCGGACUGGUUCCGGAAUUGACCCUCCGUCUUCUCCCCCUUGUGAUAAUUCCGGUAACGACUCUGGUGGAGAAGAUUCUGCUGCUGAUGGGACGGUUGAAGGUAAUCAGGAGUUCACGGGAUCUACUCUCCUUUUGGAGGAUAGUUUGAAGCGUAUGCGGAAGAAGUGUGGUUUUUCUCGGGAGAUCGAAAUGUCUCCAGCUGCCAUUCGUAAUAUGGUGAUUUCUUUAGUUCUUGUUGCGGAGGCGGAAGUUGAUGUUGUCGCCGAGUUCUUUGAGAUGAUUUCUCAAAUGAAUCUUAUUACGGGUGAGACGUUCUCUGUCAGUAUCAAGGCUCGCUGUCGCCUUAUGGACGGUCGGGGACCGUCUAAAGCUGAUGGUUGGCAGCAGAAGUAUUUCUUUGUGCACGUUAAUCCUGCUUCUGUGGCUGAUCCUUCUGCAGUUUUUAGAACCGAAUGGAAUCCCGAGCCUGUGACUCAUGGGAAAUGCCGGUCUCUUCCGUCGUGGACGAGCGAUCGCUUAAAUCGAAUUCUUGGUUCUGGGAGACUUUCUUGGGGUGUUCUCACCGUCGAGCGUGUUCGUCGAAGUAUUCCUCGCAUCACUACUGUUUCUCGGGUGGUUACUCCCGGACCUUCACUUAUUGCCGAGUCUUCUAAGAGAAGAGGGAACGCUUCUGCUGGCAAAAAGAUGGGGAAGGUCAAGAGGGACAUUCCUGUGUACACCAAAGUUAUGAGCGGGACGGCUUCUGCACUUCCAUCGGCGAGUCUGGGGGGGAGCGGUCCGUCUUCGGCUUUGGUCCCGGUUACUACCCCUCCUGCUGCUCCCACUGUCGACUCUUCUGUUGCGGCCAUUCGUUCUUCUCCUGACAAGACGGUGGACGGCGGUGAUCAAGUAUCUACGAUUGGCCUUUCUGACCUCGGUGCUCCGAUGGUUUCUCCACCGGCGACUUCCUCUCCACUUGGUGCUUUGACUACUGGGGGUCCUGGGAUCGUAGAUGCUUCCGAGCGGCCUCCAGCUGAUGGUUCCAAGAAGAGGAAGAGGACGAGGGCGUUUGUUUUCGAUGAUCAUGAUUCUUCUUCGCCUACGCCUGAGGAUUGUGCCCAGUUUUUUCAUAGCUUUCGUUUGUCAUCGAGUUCUAUGCCGGAUGUGGAGGAUCUAUGUUCAGGAGUACGUCGAGCGUCUGUCAGACGGUCUCGAGCAAGAACGCGUCUUUUCGCCGAGGAAAGGGAGAGGUCAUCUGCUGCUUUCUUGUCUUUGAAGGCUUUGGAGGAAAGUUCGUCGAAGCUUGAUGCCGAGAAUCGGGGCCUGAGGACUGAGGUCGACUGUAUAAAGGGGGAUAUCGCCGAGCAGGAUUUCCGUUUGAAGGAGUUGUUAUCUCAGAAGUCGGUUUUGGAAGCGGAGGUGGCGCAGCUGAAGGCGUCUCGCGCAGAGCUGGUGGAGUCAGAGAGGCGUCGCUUUGAGUCCGCUAUGUCUGCUCGUUUUGGUGGGUUUGUGGAGAAAGUGAGAAGGUACUUGUCUGAUCGGGAUGUAGUUCGUCCCCAGGUUUUGAUUGAGUCUCAGCUUUCAGGGGUCGUUAGUUUCCUCAAGUUGUUUAUCGACGAGGGGAUUCCCAUUCCUGCGGAGAAGUUGGCCGAGAAUGAACGGGCCCUGUCGGUGCAGACAUCCACCUUGGAUAAGAUGGAAGUGGAUGAUUUGGAGUUGAGCGACCUUCCGUAUUUAUCUUUAGAUGAUGGUUUGACGAUCGAUUGA